AAGUUCUCUUGGAGAAAUUGUAACACUUCAGGAUUUCCCUGACGCUGCAAAUAUUCCUGCACCUACUACAUUAAAGCAUUCCGGUAAUAAAGAAGAAAUAAUCGUAGAAACAUAUGGUAGGUUAAAGACAAAUUCGCCAUUGUUUGGUAAGUGUGAUAAAGAUAUUAUUUACGAAGGAGACGAAAAGGAUAGCAGAAGAUAUGUCCGUUGGAGAUGGGGCUCCACAAAUUUAAAUAAGC